AUGAAAUCAAAACCAUUUUCGAUUACUAGUUCAAUUUUUACUUCACCCAAUUCUUAGUUUUGGAAUGACUAAGAUUUUUAAAUAACUAAAGAAAAUUUCAAAGACGAUUAUUUUCUCUUUUUCUCGAAUAAAAAACUAACUUACUUGAAUAAGCCUCUAUAAAAAGCCGGUUCAAUAAUUAGGAAACAAAAAAAAAAUGUAACCCCCACUUUAAUUUAGCAUAGGGUCUGUACUUAUGGUGUGAUGUCAGUAAUGCUUUAAUUGAGCUAAUCGAAAUCCAACAUGUAGGACAUGGUUUAAGAAUCACUAAAAAUUAACAAAGCAUUCAAUUCUUUGGAUAUGUGGAUGCCUGGUUUAAGGAUUUAAAGAAAUUUUGUAUUCAAAGAAAAAUUAAUGAAUCAUAUAUAAUCAAUAAUAAAAUUGGAUGUGGAAGUUAUGCUGAUGUAUUUAAAUUUAAAUAAGCAAUUAGGUUUACAAAGUUACGCGUAAGGCUGAUAACAAAGAUUUCGCAGCUAAGAUCUACGAUAAGUCGUCAGACAAAUUCGACCCUGAGUGCAUCAUUAAAGAAAUUGACAUUCUAAGAAAAAUGGAUCACCCUAAUGUAAUUUCACUUCUAGAGACCUUUGAAACUCAAAAAUAUAUCUUUCUUAUAACAGAGCUCUCUAUAUAUGGAAGCCUGGAUGAUGUGAUCACUAAGACACCAUUUACAGAAGAAGAGAUUUUAAGAGGCAUGUAUAAAAUAAUUGAUGCAUUAUCAAACAUUCAUUCCAAGGGCAUUAUACACAGAGAUAUCAAACCAGAAAACAUCUUAUUUCGAAGACCAAAUCUGGAUGAUAUUUUGAUUUCAGAUUUUGGUUUAGCAGAUUACUAUAACUCAGAAGGAUUAUACUAAUAUCAAAGAUGCGGUACUCCUGGCAACAUGGCACCAGAAAUAUUGAAUGAUCAACCCUAUGAUUAUAAAAUUGAUUCCUACAGUGCUGGCUUAAUAUUUUAUUAAAUGCUGAGUUUCGGAAGAUCCCCCUUUAUCGUUGAAGAUUAUCAGGAAACUUUAAUUAAAAACUAAGAAGGUCUCAUCGACUAUUCAGAAAUCAAUGCGUCGCCAUAAGCAAAAGCCUUACUUUAAUAGAUGCUAGAAGUGGAUCCAAUGAAAAGAUGCACAAUAAAUGAUGCCAAAAUUAAUCCACUUUUUAAGAAAUUCAACAGAAUGACAAUCAUUAUUAAAAGGAAAAGAAUUCUCCAAGAUCAAACGGUGUCAAGCUAUAGUCCAAGAAGCACAUCAAUUUAUCAGACUCCAUCUAAUUCUCCACAAAUUCUGAAAAAUCCUAAAAAUAAAAGCAUAGGCCUCAACACUCUGCAUUGUCUACCAAAUAGAGUAAGAAGCAUGGAUAGCUAACUCUUUUCUUCUCCUAGAUCAUGCAACUCUGGAGGAAAUAGUGCUAAAGCUCAAUGUAAGCAAAGAAAUAGGAAUUUUAAGAUAAAUGUCAAAAAUAGCAUUUACCAAAGCAUGAGCUCAACAAAAGCCAUUUGA